GCGAUGCUCUCGACUGUCUAUCUCACUGCUGUCGAGUCUCUCGACAACGCCACUUGUCUCCAGCUCAUGAAGACUCCACGAGAUCGUUUGUUAUCAAAGUUGUUCUUCACGACCCAGCAAAGUUUGCUUCAUGCAGACUUCAUGGCAAAAUCAGAUCAUGGACUGUUGCAAGCUUUUGUGCUAUAUCUGCAGCACGCCAACAUAGCGAUCCACAAAGUCUCUGGCUCGUGAUAGGUGUAGCAGUACGAUAUGCACAACGACUCGGCAUUCACCGCGAAAUUACACUACAAGAGAUGCCCAUCUUCAGAGCAGAAAUGUGUCGUCGAUUAUGGUGGCAGAUACACUUGCUAAACCGCCACUUCACCAACAUUUGUGAUGGAGUUGAUAAUACCGAUUCAGCUCACAUAACACUCUUUGACACCAAAAGGCCUUUAAAUCUAAAUGAUGCAGAUCUGCACCCAGAUAUGAUGGUUCUUCCCAUCGAAAGGCAAGGCUUGACAGAAAUGGCUUUUUGCUCCGUACGCUACGAGAUUGGUGAUUUUGUGCGCCGACUCAGCAGCGAGAAUUGGAGCCAGCAGGACAAAGUGAUAGGCAUCCAUCAACUAGAAAAGACUCUAGAAGAAAAGUUUGCAAGCUACUGUGACGGGUCUAUCCCGCUGCAGAGGGUGACAAGAUGUCUGAUCAAGACGACUGUCUACAGACUCUCUCUGAUACACUGCCAUGGUCUGCUCACAAUACACGAAGAUACGACUACAGAAAACAAGGUCCAAAUCUUCGCCACCGCACUGUUGCUCUUGCAGACUCAGAAUGCAAGUUGUAGUAACCCAAUGCUGGAUCGCUAUCGAUGGCACACAAAACUCUUCUACUGCACCGAAGCGCUCUUUCCUGUUCUUCACGGCUUGGCCUUUGAUAGCCUCGAUGAGACAGACGAGACGGAAGCUUGGAAACAAGUCUCGCUGGCGUAUCAGUAUAAUCCGGAAUUGCUGUCUGGGAAGAGUAAUGUUUUGCACAAAGAUUUGUGUACCAGUCUCUUGAAGCUAGUAUCGACUGCGUGGAGUCGUCGACGAUCGAGGGAGAAUACGAGUACGGCAUCCAUACCACCUGAUUUUGUGGAUAUCAUGUCCUCUUAUCCGACACUACCCGUAAAUACAGAACUUCACGGCAGCUCGAUAGCACCAUGGCAAACGGAUGCAAGCCUACAAGAGUCUUUCGGUCUUGAGCAACUCCCAAAUGCAACGGCGAUAGACAGCUCAAGCAACCAGCAUUCCCUUGCAGACGACAAUCAAGCAUGGGAACAUUGGCUGAACUUGUUAAACAACGACGCACUCUUGGACUUUUGAUGACACAGCAGGACAUCCUGGGUUCACGGCUUCAAGCCUAUCUGCUAUAUCGCAAGGCUAGAGG